AUGGCAGAUAGCAUUCACAUUGAUCCCGUCGAGCCUUGGGCCACCUCCUCCCACAACGAUACUCGUGCAGAAACGGAAUCCGAGAAAACCGUCCAUCUCGAACAAGCACCAUCCACACUCCCCAAGCUAGAUGAUCCACCGCCGGAUGGCGGAUAUGGAUGGGUGUGUGUGGCAUGCAAUUUCUUCAUCAAUGGCGUCUUCUUCGAGACUCUGUCCCUCAUUGGCGCCAGCUUUGCUCAUCAGAAAUACCAGAUCAUCCUGGCCCAAGGGGUCUGUUUCGGCUGGGGCAUGGGCUUUCUGUUUGUCGGAUCCGUAGGAAUCAUCGCCCAAUGGUUCGGCAAGAAACGCAGUGUCGCCAAUUCGAUCGCCGCGGCCGGCUCUGGCGCUGGAGGUCUCUUGUACAGUCUGGUCACACAACGAAUCAUAGAUACACUGGGCUUGCCUUGGGCUUUCCGCAUCCUUGGAAUCUGCACCUUUGCGGUCAAUCUUACAGCCUCGAAUCUUCUGCGAGACCGUAAUAAGCAAACCGGCUCACGACAUAAAGCCUUCGACACCAAAAUUCUCCGUCGCCCGGAAUUCCUUCUGAUCCAAGGCUGGUCUUGGUUCAGUAUGUUAGGCUACACCAUCCUUCUUUUCUCCUUACCCGCCUACGCACGCGCCAUUGGCCUCAGUGCCAAACAAGGCUCCGUCCUCAACGCUAUUCUGAACUUGGGCCAAAUGGUCGGCCGACCGUUUAUCGGCCUCAGCUCCGACCGCUGGGGUCGUCUCAACAAUGCUACUUUCUUCACUCUUCUCUGUGGGGUCGUGUGCUUUGCCCUCUGGAUUCCAGCAGAGGUUGUUCCAUCGCCGAUGGUGCUGUUGUCUUUCUUUGCUGUCGUGGGCGGGGCAUUGGCGGGGACGUUUUGGACCACUAUUGCUCCUGUUGCAGCGGAGGUUCUCGGUCUCCAGGACCUUCCAGCAGGACUCAGCCUGACGUGGGUUCUGAUGGUUCCACCGACGACGUGCGCUGAAGCCAUCGCGCUGGAACUACGGCGCCAAGAUUCCGACAGGUGGAUUUACCUUCCCCCCCAGAUCUUCACAAGCUUCAUGUACAUCGCGGCGGGAGUCUGUAUAUGGCUAGUUAGAGGCUGGAAAGUGGGCGAACUGCAAUGGCGUGAUAGAGAGAUGAGGGAAAGAGAACGCAAAGGCAGGCAACAGAGGAUAUGGACGGAUGACAAGACUGCUGCCCCUGUAGACGGCGAGAAGGUGGCAAUUCAGGGUGAGCAAUGCCCCGAUGGUGAUGAGACUGAGGUCAAUAGGGACCCACGGUCAAUGCGUCGUGAUAUUUGGCGGCUGAGAAAUUUGUUGAAGAAUAUGCUGACUUGGAAAGUCGUAUAA